AUGGUUUCAAUUUAUGCCCUCACAAUCGUAUUUCUCAAAACGAUACUCGCCCUUGGCGGUGAUGGUCGCAAUGAAAUUACCGUGGGUGCAAUUUUCUAUGAAAAUGAAAAGGAUAUUGAACUCAGCUUCGAUCAGGCAUUCCGCGAGGUCAACAACCUGAAAUUUGCCGAGCUGCGAUUUGUCACCAUCAAGCGGUAUAUGCCCACCAACGAUAGUUUUUUACUGCAGCAGAUUACUUGUGAACUGAUUUCCAAUGGCGUUGCGGCUAUUUUCGGACCAAGUUCAAAGGCGGCUAGUGAUAUUGUUGCGCAAAUUGCCAACACGACCGGCAUUCCACACAUAGAGUACGAUUUGAAGUUGGAGGCCACGAAGCAGGAGCAGCUCAACCACCAGAUGUCCGUCAGUGUGGCACCUUCCCUGUCUGUCCUAUCCCGAGCCUACUUUGAGAUCAUCAAGACCAACUACGAGUGGCGAACCUUCACCCUGAUCUAUGAAACGCCAGAGGGUCUGGCGCGUUUACAAGAUCUUAUGAAUAUUCAGGCUCUAACAGUACUUUGUAAACUCAGAAAUUUGGCUGACUAUGCCGAGGAUUAUAGAGUCCUUUGGAAAGAAGCAGAUGAGACUUUCCACGAGCAGCGCAUAAUUUUGGAUUGUGAGCCAAAAACCCUAAAGGAGUUGUUAAAGGUAUCCAUGGACUUUAAGCUGCAGGGUCCAUUUAGAAACUGGUUUCUCACGCAUCUGGAUACACACAGUUCGGGUUGAAGGACAUCUACAACUCAAUUUAAGGCCAAUAUUACCUCAGUGCGAUUGAAAUUAGUGGAUCCAAAUCCUUUUGAGAGAAAGAAGACACGUAUAAGCAUGGUGGAUCAAAUUCUGAGAAAUCAAACCAUGUUGCCAGUUCUUAUAUACGAUGCUGUGGUGCUCUUUGCCAGCUCGGCCAGAAAUGUGAUUGCAGCCAUGCAACCGUAUCAUCCUCCCAAUAGACAUUGUGGCAGUCCUAGUCCCUGGAUGCUGGCCUUUAUUGUCAAUGAAAUGAAGACGAUCUCGGAGGAUGACGUGGAGCCACAUUUCAGGACGGAGAACAUGAAGUUCAAUGAGUAUGGACAGCGCACUCACUUCAAUCUGGAUUACAAGCCCACUGUUAAUGAGCCCAUGAUGGUUUGGACUCCCGACAAUGGGAUAAAGACACGACGCCUCAACCUGGAACUGGAGAGCUCUGGUGCCACGCCGGAUUUCUCAGAGCAGCGAAAGGUUUACACGGUGGUCACGCUCGAGGAGCCCUAUUUUAUGAUGAAAGAGGAUCAUGAAAACUUUAGAGGCAGGGAAAAGUACGAGGGCUAUGCCGUGGAUCUCAUAAGUAAGCUAUCCGAACUGAUGGAGUUCGACUACGAGUUCAUGAUCGUCAAUGGUAAUGGCAAAUAUAAUCCAGAGACCAAGCAAUGGGACGGCAUCAUUCGCAAGCUGAUUGAUCAUCAUGCUCAGAUAGGUGUCUGUGACCUGACCAUCACUCAAUUGCGAAGAUCUGUGGUGGACUUUACGGUACCCUUUAUGCAACUGGGCAUUAGCAUUCUGCACUACAAAGUCCUCCCGAGCCAAAGAAUCAUUUGCCUUUUGGAACCCUUUGCCUUGGAAGUCUGGAUUUAUAUGAUCUUUGCCCAGCUUGUGAUGACUCUGGCCUUUGUGUUUAUAGCCAGACUAUCCUAUCGCGAGUGGCUACCUCCGAAUCCAGCUAUUCAAGAUCCCGAUGAACUGGAGAAUAUCUGGAAUGUGAAUAACUCGACUUGGUUGAUGGUGGGUUCCAUUAUGCAACAGGGUUGCGACAUACUGCCAAGAGGUCCUCAUAUGCGUAUUCUUACGGGAAUGUGGUGGUUCUUUGCCCUGAUGAUGCUCAGUACUUAUACGGCCAACUUGGCUGCCUUUUUGACCAGCAACAAGUGGCAGAGCAUCAAGAGCUUACAGGAUCUCAUCGAACAGGAUGAGGUGAGCUUUGGCAGUAUGCGCGGUGGCAGCACCUCUCUGUUCUUCUCCGAAUCCAACGAUACCGAUUACCAGCGGGCUUGGAACCAAAUGAAGGACUUUAAUCCCUCCGCCUUUACAAGUACAAACAAAGAGGGCGUGGCUCGAGUGCGAAGAAAGGGCGACUAUGCUUUCUUAAUGGAGACCACCAGUCUAACGUAUAAUGGACGGAAUUGUGAUCUAACCCAGAUUGGCGAGCAGAUCGAGAAGCAUUACGGCCUGGCAGUGCCAUUGGGUGCCGAUUACCGAACCAACCUUAGCGUAUCCAUUCUCCAACUCAGCGAGAAGGGAGAGCUGUACAAGAUGAAGAACAAGUGGUGGAAGAAGCAUAAUGUCACCUGUGACUCCUUUCAUGAAGUGGAUGGCGAUGAGCUAUCUAUUAUCGAGCUGGGUGGUGUUUUUCUGGUCCUGGCUGGCGGAGUCCUUACUGGCGGUCUGGGUAUCUUUGAGUUCCUCUGGAAUGUGCAGCAUGUGGCAGUGGAGGAGCGGGUGACCCCAUGGCAAGCCUUGAAAGCGGAACUGGCUUUUGCUCUCAAGUUCUGGGUACAAAAGCCCAUGAGGAUCUCCAGCAGCAGUGACAAGUCCUCGUCGAGAAGGUCCUCGGGAUCCAGGCGUAGCUCCAAGGAAAAGACCCGCAGCAAGACGGCUAGUUAGGAGCUCUGGAAAUAUAUUUGUCAGCGCCUCUUGAAGCUGAAUUAAAGCAU